AUGUCUGCACAGCCUGUAUACCCCCGAGUAUCUAUCGCAUUCUGCACACAAUGCAAAUGGCUCCUGCGAGCGGCGUGGUAUGCUCAGGAACUGAUGUCUACAUUCUCAACGGACAUUGGGGAGGUCGCACUGCAACCUUCGACAGGCGGCACGUUUAUCGUGACACUCUCCACCGGACCCAAUGAAGAUCACCUAGUAUGGGAUCGGAAAGCUGAAGGAGGAUUUCCGGAUUCGAAAGAUUUGAAGAAGAGGAUUAGGAACGUCAUCCAACCUGAGCGGGACCUGGGACACGUUGAUAAGCAUGGAUCUGCGGAAGGGUUGGGUGCUGCCAAAGACAAGAAGGAGCCGAAAGAGAAGAUUGAGUCAGCGGAGGGUGCGGUACAAGAAGAUGCGGAGACUGGGGAACCGGCGGAGACGGAGGAGAUUUGCCUGGAUUGUCAGUGAUCAUCUAAAAGGAGCAUUGACUCCAGUUAGUACAGCAUACACACUUGGGCAAUGACACAAGUCAAACCCAAUUGCGAAACAGAUGAGGGAGAUGUUGACAAUACAAAUUCCAUUGCACGUCAC